GUCAUGAAGGAGGUCCUGUCUCUGGCCGGUAAAACGCCAUCAAGUACACCCAGUGCGACAUCGGUUAGGACAAUGUUGCUAGAAGGCCGAGCAGUCGGUCUACUGCACAUUGGCCAUCUUGCAGGGUCAGACAACACGCUGCACUUUGACGGUACAACCAAGCAUGGUCACAAGUAUGGAAGCUUUCAGCUGACAACUGAUGACGGGCAGUUCACGCUGGCCGUGUCUGGGGCACUGUCCGGCAGCGCUGAGCACACCAUGGAACUACUGCACCACACUAUUGGCCAGUUGGGAGCCGCAGGCGAGAAGCUCGGUGAUGCACAGUCCGGUAACCGUCUGAUCGCUGCCCUCAAAAACACGAUGUCUGACAGAGCUGCAGUGAACACAAAAUUCAACAACAUGCUUCAGGAAUACCGCUCUUCGGUGCUGCCCGUGAUACAGCAGGAUUGGGACACCCUCACCGAAACCCAGAAGAAAGAAACAUGUUAACUCAAUAACUU